UACGGCAGGUUAGGCUAACUAUAGUCUAAAUUUAGUCUAAUUCGUUAGAUUGUUAGCCUAAAUUUUUUUCUAACGUUAGGCUAAAUUUAGUCUAAAAUUAGACAGAUCUGACACAGUUUUGUUAGAUAUGCUGCAAGUUCGAAACGAUCAGUUAGACUAAAUUUAGACUAACGUUAGCCUAACGUUAGACAAAAUUAUGUAUGGGCUGUUAGAUGGAUUUUAUGCUGCUUGUGCAUAUCCCAGCUGUCAUCCCAGCAUCCCAAGAAAUCCAAGCUGUCACCGUCCACCAGCGGCGCUGCUGUAGCAGCGGUGAUAGAAAAGCAAAACAGUUGUCAAACACGAACUGGAUUUUGAUAUUCUUUUAAAAAACUAAAAUUUGACUUAAUUUCAAUGUUUUUGUAUAAGGAGAAUUGUGCAGACUUGUAGUAAACGGAAAGUUUUACAAAAUGAACUGCUGUGUAAUCCCGGGAUGCGGGAACAAGUUCCAGCUGUACCGGGUGCCCAACUCCGGAAAUAAUCGCUUCCGGCAAUGGAAGAAGGUCGCGCCUGUUUUUGGAACUGGAUCCGAGCGGAUUUGCUCUCACCAUUUCAUCGAAACGGACUUCGUGGAAAAUAUCCGGAAGAAGCUGAAGAGCACUGCAAUCCCCUCCAUCAACUUGCCGGCGGAAAGGUUGAAAGCAUCAAACAAAAUAGGCUGCUGCGUUUUGGGAUGCCGCUCCAAAGACAUCAAGAAUAUGGAAAAGUUUCCCUCCAUGACAUCGAAAGCUUGGCUGAAAUGGGCAAACAUACUGGGCUGUGCGGAGGCUAAUACAGCGGGGUGGAAAAUCUGCCAGAAGCACUUCAAGGACGAUGCAUUUACAACAGGUAGGUCAAAUUAAUUGACAUUGAUUGAC